AUGGCCAGCAGUGGCGGCGGCGGGGGGAGCGGCGGAGGCAGUGCGCGGUCCGUGCGGGAGCUGAAAAGUAUGUUUGGCAAGGCCGCCGCCGCGCCGUCCGCUGCCGCUUACGUCAGCAAGCUGCAGGCCGUCACGGCUAGGGACCAGCCCUCUGGACAAGGUGGUGGAAAACAGGCGGAGGAUUCGCCACUUUCCGCCGCGCAGCAGGCGCUCCGCUCCCCCUCCCCGCUGGCGCUUCCCGUCCAGCGGGACAAAGGGAAUCUGCCCAGCGGCGCACUUCCGCCGAACGCUCGUUCCGCCUCUCCUUCCCCCGUCCCCUCGCGCACCAUUCUCACCACCCCCGGGCAGGCCGCGCCCCGCCCUUCCCAUUCCGCGCAACCUGACGUCAGCAAGGCUGCAACGGUUGCAGACGAGCGGGGAAGCAGCGGAGGGGCAGGGGGGAGAGAGCAGGGGACGGCGAGUCAUGCAGCUGUGGGCCACGCGCAGCCUCCCUGCCCAUUCCGCCUCACGGCCACUCUUUUUAUCCUCUUCUUUCCCGCUCUCCCACGCCACGCGCGCACCUCCCCCGUUUUCCAGUUGAGUGCUGAGCAGGCGGGGCGGUUGAAGCAGGUGGAGGAGAGCCUGGAGGCGACCAACUACGAGGUGGCACUCUUCCAUUCCAGGCCCUGUGCGGCUCAUCUUUCACAUCUUCCCUCCCUUCUUCCCAUCCACCCGGUUCUCUCCAUCCCGCCAGCUGAGCGCGGAGCAGGCGGGGCGGCUGAAGCAGGUGGAGGAGAGCCUGGAGGCGACCAACUACGAGCUGGCGGCGCUGCGGGCGAAGCACAACGAGAAGACUGCGCGGCUCAAGGCGCUGCAGGAGAGCAACGUGACGCUGGAGCACAAGGCCAAGGGGCUGCAGGUGAGGCCGCCACGUGGCGUGUUGCAGGAGAGCCACGUGGCAUGGUUCAGCCUCACUGCUCCUCCCAACCCACCUGCAUACACACUCUCCUCUCAUCCCCCCACCCGCCUUGCCAGGCAACUUUAACAGCAGCAGAAGCAGAAAUCGCUCGCUUCGAGGAGGAGAAGGAGAUGCUGCGGCGGCGGGUGGAGGAGGAGGAGGCGGGGAAGCGAGAGGCAGCCGUGCGGAGCGCUCUGGAGCGACAGCAGGAGGAGCGAAUCGCUCCGCUACAGUCCGCACUACAGACGCUGGAUGCCGCCCAUGAAGGCGCUAUGAAGGAGCUUGUUUUGCUAAGAGAGUCUUUUAAAGCGUCGGUGGAAGAGGGUAAGUAUUUACGAGCUAGGCAGGCGGAGGGGGAGGUGCAAGUGGUUGAGCUAAGGAGUAUGCAGGAGGUGGUUUUAGGGGAUUUGGAAUCGCUGAGAGGUCGGUAUGAGAGUGUGUGUAAGGAGCUCGAGGAGGAGAAGGAGGGGAGGGAGAGGGAGAGGAAGGAAGGGAAGGAGGCGAGGGAGAGAGCUGAGAGGCUUGAGAUGGAAAAGGCGAAGUGGGGGGGGAAGAUGGAGGAGGAGAAGAGGAUGAGGGAGGAGUUGGAGGGGGAGGUGGAGAGGGAGAGGAGGGAGCGAGCAGAGGUAGAGGGGAGGCUGGAGACGGUACGAGAGGAGAGAGAGGCGGAGAGGAAAGCAAGGGAGGUGGCGCAGGGCGUGUGCGAGGGACUGAGGAGGGAUGUAAAGCGGUUGGAGGGAGAGGUGGAGGCGUUGAAAGCAGGGAGGGACGAAGCAGGGAGGUUGCUAGCAGGGGCAGAGGCGGAGAGGGAGGAGGAGGCGAAAAUGGUAGAGCGAGUGAGGGAGGAGAAGGAAGAGAAGGAGAAACAGCUGGGCGAGUUGAGGGAAGAGCAUGGGAGAGUGCAGGGGGAAUUGGAGGGAUUGCGGGUGCAGUAUAAGAGCAAGGAGGUGGCGUUUGAUACCCUUGUGGCAAGCCAUGGUGCCAUGGGUGCUGCUGUGGAGGCUAUGAGGGGCGAGAUGGAGGAGAAGGCUCGGCAGGUGGAGGCUUCUGCCAAGGCUGCGGACGAGGCUCGGCAGCAGAUGCUGGAGGCUCGGGAGGAGCUUGGGAAGGUGCAGGUGGAACUGGAGAAGGUGGUAUGUGAGGUGGAGAGAGUGAGGGAGGAGGUGAGGGAGAGGGAGAAGGAGAUAGAGGAGAUGAAGGGGAGGCAUGAUAGGGAGGUGGCAGUGAGGGAAGAAGAGGCGGAGAAGCAGCUGGGUGCUUUGAGGAGUGAGCUGGAGGAGAGUAGGAAGAAGAGAGAGGAGGCUGCGAUGUGGGAAGGGGAAUUGAGAAAGGCAAGGGAAGAGGUGGAGAGGGCGAGGGAGGAGGAGGAGAGGGAGAGGAGGAAAGCAGAGGAGGAGGUGAGGAGGUUGGAGGAGGAGGUGGGGAGAGAGAGGGAGGAGCGGAGGAGCGAGGUGGAGGGAUUGAGGGAGGCGCAGGAGCAGUUGGAGGAGAGGAGGAAGGAGGCUGAGGGCGAGGCGAAGAGGAUGAAUGAGGAGGUUGAGAGGCUGAAGGGGGAGUGUGAGGAGAGGAGGAAGGAGGGUGAGGAAAGGAGGAGGGGAGUGGAGGAGAAGUGUGAGGAGGUGAAGGUGCUGAAGGGUGAGUUGGAGGAGCUGAAAAGGGAAAUGGAGGGAUUGAGAGAGAGAUUGGAAGAGAGGGAGAGAGAGUUGGAGCGAGUGAGGGGGGAGUUGGAAGGAGUGAGAUGGGAGAAGGAGGAGGGGAGGAAGAGAGAGGAGGAGCUGAGGGGACAGCUGGAAGCAGCGAAGGUGGAAGCUUCGAGGAAGGAGGCGGAGCUGCUGGUGCGAGUGGAAGAGGCAGGGAAGGGGAGAGAGGCGGCAGAGAGGGCUGGGGAGGAGAGGGGGCGGGAGAGGGAUGAGAUGAAGGAGGCUCUGUGGGUGGAGAAGGGGAAGGUGGAGGUGGGGGAGGAGAUAGUGAGGGGGUUAGAGAGGGAGAUUGAAGAGGUGAGGAGGGGGAGGGAAGAGAUGGGCGAGAGGGUGGGGCAGCUGGAGACGCGAUUGGAGGAGGCUGGUGCUGAGCUGGCAGCAGCGCAGGCUGAUGUGGCGAAGAAAGUGGAUGAGGUGGCAAGGUUGACGGCUGAGGUGGACUCGAAGGGGGUUGAGGUGGAUGGAGUGAGGAAGGAGUGGGAGAGGGAGAAAGAAGAGCACAGGGAGACACGAGAAGGCCUGGAGAUUGUAAGAGAAGAGCAGAGGGAGGCCAGGGAGGAAGUGGCGAGGCUCAAAGAGCAGCUUGCAGGGAUGGGGGGCGCGAAGGAGGCUCUAGGAAAGGCACACGCGAAGCUAGAGGAGGAGGUGAGGGCAUUGCGUGGAAGGUGGGAGGAGGUGAUGAGGGAGAGGGAGGAGGAGAGGGUCAAGCAUGCCGGUGUGGUGGUGCGGUUGGAAGGGUUGCAGAGGGAUGUGGAGGAGGCGAGAGGGAGAGAGGAGGAGAGGAAGAGAGAGGUUGAGGGGUUGCAAGAGAGAGUGAGGGAGGCAGAGAGGGAGGUUGUGGAAUGGAAGGGGAAGUGUGCUGAGCUGGAAGAGGGGACGAGCCAGGUCAGCGCCAAGCUGGCAAAGGUAGAGGCUGAGCUGGUAGCAUCGCUUGCGGCUGCUCAAGUUACAGCUGCAGAGGUGGCGGGGGUGAGGGAAGAGGCCAGGGUGGCUCGGUCCGAGGCUGAUCAGCUUCGGGAAGAUUUGGCUCGGCAAACAGCCGAGGCUGAGGCUCGGGAAGAGGUACGGAGGGUGUGGGAGAAGAAGCAUAGGGAUGCGGUGGCAGAAGGGGAGGUGAGAAAGCAGGAAGCAGAAAAGGCGGCUGCUGACGCAGACAAGAUGCAAGCUGAGCUGGCGGUGAUGAUGGGUGAGGUGGCAGCUGUGUCAGCCGCGCUGGCAGCUGCGAAGGCUGAGAGUGAAGCGGCGAGGAAGAAGCAGGAGGAGGCGGAGAGGGAGGUGCAACUGGUGCAGGUGCAACUGACAGAUGCACAGAGGGAAAUGGAGGAGGCGAAGCGAGGGGUGGUGGAGGCUAGGAGCGUGGGGGACGGGGAGAAGGGCAGAGCAGAGGUAGCAAUGAGGAAAGCUGCAGAGGCGUGGGAGGAGGUGGGGCGGUGGAAGGGUGCGGCAGAGCGGAGCAAAGCAGAUGUCGAGUUGCUAGAGAGAGAGGUGAAGGGGCGGGAGGGGCGGAUUGAGGAGCUUAGGAAGGAGGUGAGAGAGAGGGAGAGUGAGGCGGAGGUGUUGCGGCAGGAGGCGGAGAGAGGGAGAAAGGAGAUGGAGGAGGUGAGUGUGAGAGAGGAGGAGUUGGCAGCGACGGUGAAUAGGGUGAUUGGGGAGGAGCAGGGGAAGGUGGCUGCGGCUGAGGAGAGAGUGAGGGAGGUGGAGGGGGAGAAAGAGAAGAUGGAGGAGAGAGUGAGGGAGGCUGUUGGGGAGAGAGUGAAGCUUGAGGAGAGAGUGAGGGAGGUGGAGGCGGAAGUGGAGAGGGUGAAAGGGGAGAGGGUGAGGAUGGAGGAGGAGAUGGUGAGUGUGAGGGAGAGGGCUGGGGAGGCAGAGAAGGAAGUGGAAGGGUUGAGAAAGGAGAGGGAGGAAAAGAGGAAAGAGGUCGACGAGUUGAAUGCCAACCUGGCAGCGCUCCGUGCUGAGCUGGCUUCCGUCCGAUCUGAGUUGGAAAGCCGGCAUGCUGAGCUGGAAAAGGUGCGGUCUGAGCUGGCAGCAGCAACUGGAGACCUCGAGAAGGAAAAAGCCGCAGGAGCAGUGGUAGCAGCAGAAAUGGAGGGACUCAAAUCCCUGCACGCGCUACUGCAGGAGGAGCAUGGGCGUAUGGUAUCAGAGCAAGAUAGGCUCGUGGGGGCGUAUGAGCGGGAGGUGCAGGAGAAGGACGAGGUGAAGGCAGAAAAAGCAGCGCUGGUUGCUAAGGUUGCCGAGGCAGAGGUCCGGGCCGAAGCUGAGAAGGAGGAACGGGCUCGGGCGGCUGCCGAGGCUGAGGAGGCCCGGGAAAAGGUCAAGGCUGAAGUGGAGCAGGCUCGGCAGGAGGUGGUUCGGAGGGAGGAGGAGGUGCGGAUGUUGAGGGAGCAGAAGAAAGAGGAGGUUGAAUCGUUGAAGCAGCAACAGCAGGAGCAGCAGCAGCAGCAGCAGCAGGAGCAGGAGAAAGAGAUUCAAGCAUUGAAAAAGGAGGUGGAGGAGUUGAAGCAGCAGCAGGCUGUGGGUGUGGCGGAUGCGAACACGUGGAAGACAGCUACUGAAGUGCAAGCCGCUGAGCUGGCAACGGUCAAGGCUGAGCUGGAAACUGCCCACGCUGAGCUGGCAGAGAUGAAGAUGGAGCGAGAGAGUAAGGAGCAUAAGCUGGCAGCAGCUGCUGACGAGGCAAAGGCGAAAGAAAAAGCUGUGAGCGAGAAAGAGGAAAUGUGCAGCAAGUUGACGAAUGAGGUGGAAUCGCUAAAAUCUGAGCUGGAAACUCGUAACGCUGAGCUGGCAGCACUGACGGUGAAGGACGAGGGGAUAGCAGCGGCAGUGAGGGAGCAGAUGCAGGCUCGGAGCGAGGCCGAGGGGCAGGUGAGAGAAGCGCAAAAGGAGGUGCAGCUGGUGCAGGCUCAGCUGGGGGAGGUGCGAUCUGAGUGUGAGGGACUGAGGGAUAUGAAGAAGAGGCUUGAGAGGGAGGUGGAGGAGGGGAGGAGGGCGAUUGUUGAGAAGGAAAAGGAGGCUGAGAGGAUGGUGGGGGAGGUGGAGAGAGGGAAGAAUGAGGCUGCAAAGGCGGAGGGAAGAGCAGAGGCCCUGCAAGGAAUGGUGGCUGCGCUGACCGUAGAGCUUGGUGCUCUGAGGAAAGAGCUUCAGGAGGAACGGGAAAACGCCUCCUCCCGUGUUUCUGCUGCCGCCGCUGCUGCUUCUGCUGACUUGGCGUCUGCUGCUGCGGUGUCAGAAUCGCUGCGUGCCAGGCUGGCAGCGGCAGAGGAGAGGGAGAAGGAGCUCGAGCGGAGGGCGGAGGAGAGGGAGGAGCAGCUGGUGCGGGGCGUGGGGGAGGGGGAGGCGAGGGCAGGAGCAGCAGUGAGAGCAGCGGAGGAGAAAGCCAAGGAGCUGCAGAGGCAGUUGAGAGAAGAGGAGGCGAAGGUGGUGGCAGCGGUGGCAGGGGCGGAAGCAGCUGCUGCUGAGGUGGCGAGCCUGAAAGCAGAGAUGGGGGAAGUGAAAGCAGAGAUGGGUGAAGUGAAAGCAGAGAUGGGGGAAGUGAAAGCAGCGCUGGGAGCAGCAGAGGGCGAAGUUGAGAAGUUGCGAGGCGAGGUGGAGCGAGCAGCUGGAGAAGGUGAGAUGCUGCGAAGCAAGGUGGAGGCGGCAGAGGGAGAAGCGGAGAAACUGAGAGGUGAGGUGGAGGCAGCACGGGGUGAAGCAGCCACUGCGAGUGCACAGGCAGCAGCAGCGCAGAGGGAGGCAGAGACCGUGAGGGCCACACUGCGAAGCACGGAGCAGGAACUGACUGCAGCGAACACCGAUGCGGAACAGCUUAGGGAGGCGCUGGGGGAGGUGCAGCGGCAGCUGCGUGUUGUGACACGCGUGAAGGAAGCACUGGAGGGCGAGGUGCGCAAGUGGAGAGAGGAGGCGGUGCUGAGGCAGAAGGUGGAGAGCGGGGAGGAGGCCUCCGCCCCUCCCAAGGUCUCCCAUGCCUCUCAGCCCGUGCCCCUGCUCGCCCUGCCUUCCCACUCUGCCACCUCCCCCAGUAGUACCGCCCCUGGGGGGUCCCACCCAGCUCCACCUGCUGCUGAUGACACCGCAGCAGAAGUGGGCUUUAACGCAGACCGUGUUGCUCCCGAAGGGCUCUCUACACCAACACCUGCCCAGGGCCAGAGUCUCGUGGUGCGUGAGGGUGACGUGAUUGGUGGAGGCACUUUGGCAGCUGCUGGUUCGUCUGGUUCGCCUGCUGCUGCUGAUGCCGUGCCAGCCUUGCCAGUCACCCCCCCACCAGUAACACCUGCACCAGUCACCCCUGCCACUGCGCCAGGUCCUCACACCAUCCCUCACUCCGCCACAUCCUCUCGCACCAGCACCCACACUCCCACUCUCGGCUUCUCCCAUUUCAUCCAUCGCUCCAAGACUGACACUGCCCGGGCGCGCCCCUCGUCGGCUGAUUUCACGUCCGCAGUCAAAGCUGUCCGCCUCGUUUCCGCGUUUCGCAGCCCUGGCACAGGCAACGCCAGCCCUGCAGCCCAGGGGAGCCCGAGCCGGAGCCGUAGGCCCGGGAGCCCUGGUUCAGGUGCAGGGUCGAAGGCGAGUGGGAGUGGGGGAGGGACGCUGAGAAGAGUGCGCAUGGUGCGGGAGGUAAAGUGGGUGGACGAGGUAGUAGUGGGCACGCCGUACUGCAUAACGCCGGCCUUCAUGCACCGCCUCUUCACGCAUCAUCGCGUCGACUUCAUCAUUCACGGCGACGACCCCUGCCUGCUGCCCGACGGCUCCGACGCUUACGCGGAGGCCAAGCAGGCGGGGCGGUACCUCGAGGUGCGGCGCACGGAGGGCAUCUCCAGCACGGAUAUUGUCGGCCGCAUGCUGCUCUGCGUGGGCAGCCGCACGGCCGCCACCGAGGCGCAGCAGCAGCGGUCCCUGGAGCGCGAGUUUGCCCACACCGGGUCGCCCUCGCCCUCGGAGCAUUGUAACCGCUCUGGAUCGCCCCGUGUUGGAUCGCCGUCGCUUCCGCCUCGGCCUUCCUCUCCGCUCCCACCUCCCCCCAUGCUCUCCGCCUCCCCUGUUCCAUGCUCCCCCCUGCGACCGUCUCUCCUUCCGUCCUCCUCCCCUUCCCAUGCGCCAUUUACUGAAGCCGCGUUGUCACCUGCGCAUGCCCCUGCCGCUCCCCCGCUCCACCGCGACUCUCCCCCAUCCUCCCCAGCCCACCUGUCCAGCUCCCCCGCACCCCUCCCCGCGCACUCCCCACUUUCUCUAGCGCCCGCGCUACCCUCCUCCCCUUCCUGCGCAUCCCUCCCCUCCUCCGCUUCCUCCGGCUCUCUCUGGCCGCUCUCCGCCUCCCCCUCCUCCUCCGCCGCCUCCUCCCCCUUGCUCCCCCCGUCCCUCGCGCCUCUCGCCUCCGCGCGCGUGUCGCGCUUUCUCCCCGCCACCUCCACCGUCCUCGAGCUCCACAGCCAGCAGCCGCGCAGCAUAGACCCAUACGCGCGCGUGGUGUACAUUGAUGGGGCGUUCGACGUCUUCCACAGCGGCCACGUGCAGACGCUACGAGCGGCCAAGGAGCUGGGCACAUUCCUGCUGGUGGGCGUGCACAGCGAUAGUCGCCACGUCGUGCUGGACGCCCCCUGGGUCGUCUCUGAUCAACUGAUAGCAGCGUACAACAUCUCCCUCGUUGUGCACGGCACUGUGGCCGAGUCCAAUCCCCUCUGCAAGGACGAGGAGCAGCGGUACGCGGCAGCGAGGGCGAGGGGUAUGGUGAGGCAGGUGGAGAGCGCAGCAGAGACCACCACUACCACCAUCGUCACUCGAAUCGUUGACAACCACCAUGCCUACAUCCGGCGGCAUGCAAAGAAGGCAGUGAGCGAGCGGCAGUAUAUGGAAGUCAAGCGGGCCCGAGCAGCCGUUGCCUCGUGA